AUGAAGGAAGACCAUCCUAGGAAUGUGCAAAGCAUGAACCAAGGCUGCCUCAAGGAGGCCAGUGUGGCCGGAGCACAGAGGGUGGAGAAAAUGUGCUGUGAACAGAGGCUGGGGAACAUGCAGGGGCCAGACCCCACAGCCUCGCUGACCACAUUAGGAACUGGUGAAAGUGGCAAAAGCACCUUUAUCAAGCAGAUGAGAAUCAUCCAUGGGUCUGGUUACAGCGACGAAGACAGAAAGGGGUUCACGAAGCUGGUUUACCAAAACAUAUUCACUGCCAUGCAAGCCAUGAUCAGAGCCAUGGACACCCUGCGGAUACAGUAUGUGUGCGAGCAGAACAAGGAGAAUGCCCAGCUGAUCAGAGGGGUGGAAGUAGACAAGGUGUCCACGCUCUCCGGGGACCAGGUGGAGGCCAUCAAGCAGCUGUGGCGGGAUCCUGGAAUCCAGGAGUGCUACGAUCGGAGGCGGGAGUACCAGCUGUCAGACUCUGCCAAGUACUACCUGACGGACAUUGACCGGAUCGCCAUGCCAACAUUCGUGCCAACGCAGCAGGAUGUGCUUCGCGUCCGAGUGCCCACCACUGGCAUCAUUGAGUAUCCCUUUGACCUGGAAAACAUCAUCUUUCGGAUGGUGGAUGUUGGUGGCCAGCGAUCUGAAAGACGGAAAUGGAUUCACUGCUUUGAGAGUGUCACCUCCAUUAUUUUUUUGGUUGCUCUGAGUGAAUAUGACCAGGUCCUGGCUGAGUGUGACAAUGAGAACCGCAUGGAAGAGAGUAAAGCCUUAUUUAAAACUAUCAUCACCUACCCCUGGUUUCUGAACUCAUCAGUGAUUCUGUUCUUAAACAAGAAGGAUCUUUUGGAAGAGAAAAUCAUGUACUCUCAUCUAAUUAGCUAUUUUCCAGAAUACACUGGACCAAAGCAAGAUGUCAAAGCUGCCAGAGACUUUAUCCUGAAGCUUUAUCAAGAUCAGAAUCCUGACAAAGAGAAAGUCAUCUAUUCCCACUUCACAUGUGCUACAGACACAGAGAAUAUCCGCUUUGUGUUUGCUGCUGUGAAAGACACAAUUCUACAACUAAACCUGAGGGAAUUCAACCUGGUGUAAAAGCUGCUGGGCACCCCCCUCACCCGGGCCAGAAAACCGGAUUUAUUUGCAAGUGCUCUGACAUCACCCAGCUCAGCCCACUAGGUGGCGCCAAGUCCAUCAUGCAGCCACGGGGAUGGGUGAUGGAGCUUGUAAGAUGUUUGAAUUCAGCAAAAUGUCUUCAAAGUCUUGCUUUUACAUUUCUUUUCUUAACUUUAAGCUGUAAGGUUUUUUGUAUAAUUUUUGAAUUUGGUAUUCUACAGAAUUCUAAAAAGCCACUGUGAUUUAUGGUUUUUUUUUUUAAUUGAAGUGUGUGUGCCAUUAGAAAAAUCACAUAACAGAGGAGCCUGUCAAUUUAUAGAUCCUGCUUUGAGACCUCUAGUAUUGGUUAGGUAACCUUUUUUAAAAAUUAAAUAUUGUAACUGUUUUUCUCUCUUCAUGCUGAAGUAUUCAACAUGCAACCAAAGAUUUUUUUUUUAAGUUUGUUUUUCUUUGUGUUAACUUUCUAAGUCAAAUUAAUGAUUGUAUCAGUACCUCUAAUUUAGUUUUGCCAUAGUUUGAUUACUAUGGACUCUGGAUAGUAUUAUGCUGUACUGGUGAAAAAUGUGUGGUGAAAACUUACACACAUGUAUAUAUUCUAAUGGAGAUGACCAGGCCUUAUAAACUUAUGAAACAGCUAACAGCCCAAAUUGUUUAACAAAUGUACUGUACCCUCUGCCAGAGUUCUGAAGGCUACCACAGAUUUGCUGUUUGAACCAUGUAUGUCGUGCCUUUCUGAGGAGGCUAAGAAUAUACCAUUUUGCCAUUAGCACUGGAUUAUGUUUCUUUGAGCUCAUGGUUGACUGAUAGUUCUGCUCCUAAAAAGAAAAAUGCUGUGAUUUUAAUAACUCAGAAACUUCCUAAAUGUCCCUAUCGGGGAGGUAAAAUAAUUUUCCUUCCACCCUUCCAGGUUCUUGGCUGAGACCUCACCCCUCUAAUAAUAAAAUAAUGUAAGCCUAACACCAUGUAUCCUCCUGUAUACAUGGGAGAUAUCCUGGAAAACUGAGUUUAACUCUACUAAAAUGAUUCAAGCCAUCACCUUAAAUACUUUCUUCAGCUGAAGAUGCAAGAAAGAUGGAGGAGAAGAGAAGGUCAUUUAUGGGAGGUUAAUAGGUAAAGCACAAUAAAAAAGGGUGAGGUUGUUUAGCUGAAUUAAGAUGGGCACCUUCUACAUUGAUAAUUUGUCAUUUAGAAUCACCCUUCUAGGAACAGAGGAGGAGACACAUUUAAAAUGGAGAGUUCCUUAAAAUAAAUGUAUAUUUCCCUUACAAAAGGGUAACUUCUACUAGAUUUUCAGAGCUUUUCCUGUGUCUCUUGUUUCUAAAAAACAAUCACCAAAAGCACAUGAAAAGAUGCUCAACAUCAUUAAUUAGUAGAGAAAUGCAAAUCAGAACUAUCAUGAGGUACUUCUUCACACCGGUCACAAGGGCCAUCAUCAAAAAAUCUACAAACAAUAAAUGCUGGAGAGGAUGUGGAGGAAAGGGAACCCUCAAACACUGUUGGUGGGAAUGUAAAUCAGUGCAGCUACUAUGGAGAACAGAACAGAGGUUCCUCAGAAAACUAAAAACAGAACUACCAUAAGAUCCAGCAAUCCUACUCCUGAGCAUAUAUCCAAGAAAACCAUAACGUGAAGAUAAUAUGCAUCCCAAUGUUCACAGCAGCACCAUCUACCAUAGCCAAGACACAGAAGCGCCCUAAAUGUCCAUCAACAGCUGAAUGGGUGAAGGAGCUGCGGCACACACAUACACUGGAAUACCACUCAGCUACGGAAAUGAACAGAGCAGUGCCACGCGCAGCAACAUAGAUCGACCUAGAGAUUAUCGUACUGAGUGAGGUCAGAGGAGGACAAGUGUAUGUCAUCACUUAUAUGUGAAAUCUAAAAAAACGGUAUAAAUGAACUUAUUUACAGAACAGAAAUAGAGUCAUAGAUGUCUAGAUGUUGGAGCUGAGGCAUCUUCCAAGUUUGAAUGCCUCUGAUGUCAUCAGAUGUUCAGGUAAACUCCCUGAGUGGCCCACAGAGCAUCAGGCACAAAGAUGAUCUAAACAUGAGCCGUUUGGGCUGUUUCUCUGAAGUUUAUAGCAAUCCACUUAACAUUUAGUUCGCAGGACUUUGGGAAAUACUUUUGUAUUUGUAGAAAACAAACUUAACGGUUGCCGAGGAGGGGGGAUGAACUUAGAGAGUGGGAUUGGCACCUACACACUAUAUAAAAUAGAGAGCUAUAAGAACCUGCCAGAGAGCACAGGGAACUCUGCUCACUACUCUGUAAUGACCUAUAUGGGAAAGGACCUAAAAUAAAUAAAU